AUGUGUCCCCCGGUCAGCGUUCGCCAGGGAGCCAAGGGCAUGCCCUGCCUCUAUGCAGCCUGGCUGUACCAGCUUGUCCAUGGAGACCAGAUGAAGAUCUGCUUCUCUUGCUUCAAGGCAGCUGUCCUGAGCGAUAGAGGGAUGCUGUUGGAAGGGGAAUUCUCAGAGUCAGGAUCUGAGCCAGACUCAGAGUCAGGCUGUGAGACAGACUCAGAGUCAGGCUGUGAGCCAGACUCUGAAUCAGGCUGUGAGCCAGACUGUGAGCCAGACUGUGAGCCAGGCUCUGAGCCAGGCUCUGAGCCAGGCUCUGAGCCAGACUCUGAGCCAGACUCUGAGCCAGACUCUGAGCCAGACUCUGAGCCGGAGGCAGGGGCAGGGCCCAUCCCUGAACAGUCGCCACUGAGUAUGAAUAUGCCUAUCCAGGAAGAGCUUGGGGAACUAUUCAUUCAGGCAAUAAUGACACCCAAACUUGUGCCCACUGAGUUGGAGCCUCAGGAAGUUGUGCCCCUGGAGCUGGGGCCUCAGGAAGCCGAACCCUUGGAUCUGUAUCCCGAGCUUACUGAGUGGGCCGAGGCCCUUCCCCGGAGAGUUGAUGGCCUUUUUAAGUGCACGCACCAGCUCAUGCCUCCUCUGUCCUGGUGGGAUGUUUUCAAUGGUGUGAACAUGUCUCCUGGGCAGCCUGUGUUGUUGGAGCUGAGCGCCAUGUGCCCCAUGACCAGUGCAGAAUUCUAUUUGACAGGCCUGCGGUUCUUCAUCCUGUUGGCUGUCUCCCAAAAUAAGAGCAUCCUGCUGUCAAUGUCUACCCGCUGGGUUGUGAUGACUCAGGCCAGUCGCUGGGAGUUGUUUCUUGACCCUGGUGAGGUGAGGACAGCUGACUUGCUACAGUCACUUGAAGGGCAGGACCUGCAGUUCUGGAGGCUGAGCAUGCUGGAGUGCCCGAGAUACAACCAGGUGCUGGUGCCUGCUCUCUGCGGUCUGCGGAAGAGAGGCUUCAGGGUGCACUCCUACCUGCCCUGGCAGGAUUACAUCCCAGACGACUGGGGCCUCUGGUCGCCAAAUCACGAGAAGUUAGUCAAAGACCCCAGGCUUGGCCCAAGCUCUCCCGAUCCUGAUCCUGCUCCCUGA